ACAGCGGCGGCGUUUAAAGUUGAGCGACCGGGUGCCAGUGGAGACGGCCACCUUCUUUCCAGCCCGAGUUAGGAGAAGGCCCCCAGAAUUCUGGUGCCCCAUGGAAGGGAACUGACUUGGAUCACAUAGUACCCCACGCAGGUCUAAAGAUCAGAGCCACUGAGGGCUGCCGGAACCCCGCCCCCAGGAGUCGGGAAGCCCACUCUUGGUCCAGGACCCGAAGGGACCUCCCCGGGGCGGAACCCUCUGGCCAUGGCCACGCCCCCGGGAGCCGGUCCCGCAGCUCUGCGCUUCGCAGCUGCAGCCACCUGGCACGUCGUGCGUGAACGCUGCGUGGAGCAUUUUCCCCGGGUUCUGGAGUUUCUGCGAUCCCUGCGCGCUGCUGCCCCUGGUUUGGUUCGCUACCGGCACUAUGAACGACUGUGCAUGGGUCUAAAGGCCAAGGUGGUAGUGGAGAUGAUCCUGCAGGGCCAGCCUUGGGCCCAGGUCCUGAAUGCCCUGAAUCAUCACUUCCCAGAAUCUGGACCUGUAGUACGGGACCCAAAAGUUACAGAGCGGGAUCUGAGGAAGAUCUUGGAGGCACAGGAAAGUUUUUGUAAGCAGGUGAAGGAGUUGUCAGAGACUACAGUGGAUUUGGCCUUGAAGCUGCAGGAACUUGAACAAGAAUAUGGGGAAUCCUUUCUGGAUGCCAUGGAAAAGCUAUUUUUUGAAUAUUUGUGUCAGCUGGAGAAAGCACUGCCUACACUGCAGGCACAGCAGCUUCAGAAUGUGCUGAGUUGGAUGCAGCCUGGAGUUUCUAUCACCACUUCUGUUGUCUUGAGUCAGUAUGCUGCAGACAUGGGUUGGCCACUUCCAGAGUAUUCUGUUAGUGAUUCAUUGAGCCUCACAGAGCCCGAGGAACAAGCUCUUCAGCAACCAAGACUAGCACUCCACAGUCCUCUAGUGAAAGCCAAGACUGGCCCACACAGUCCUCAAGAACCAGUUUCAAGGAAGCACCCAGAACCUUUAGCUGGCCACCACUUCAACCUGGCCCCUCUAGGCCGGCGAAGAGUCCAGUCCCAAUGGGCAUCUGCUUGGGGAGGCCAUAAGGAACGCCCCAUGGUCAUGCUCUUUCCCUUUAGGAAUCUGGGCUCACCAACCCAGGUUAUCUCUAAGCCUGAAAACAGAGAACGUGGGAUACACACAGCAGAUCCAACAGGUGCUGUGGACACAAGAACAGGCUCCACUGGCAAAUCUAAGAGUCCACACCAGACCAUGGGGGGAAGGGCUCUGAAGGAAAAUCCAGUUGACUUGUCUGCCUCAGAGCAAAAGGAGAAUUGCUUGGAUUCCUACAUGGACCCCCUGAGACUAUUAUUAUCACCUCCUAGGGCCAGAAAGCCAGUGAGUCCUUCAUCUCUGUGCAGCUCCGUCAUUACCAUAGGGGACUUGGUUUUAGACUCUGAUGAGGAAGAAAAUGGCCAGAGGAAAGGAAAGGUGAGUAGGAAGGCACAGAAGGCUGGGGAAGGGGAUGGGCAGAACAAGACUGAGAAAUCUACAUGCUCCAGAAUACAGAGAGUUCAAGGAAUGGUUUGGGGUGAUAGGCUCUCCCUGCUCCCUUCCCUACAGGAGUCUCUGGAAAACUAUCAGAAGACAAAGUUUGACACACUGAUCCCCACCUUUUCUGAAUACCUUCACCCUUCUGGCCCCAUUACCAUGCCUGUCCCUUCCCAUCACUGUAUAGACAGCUCUAGACCCCUGUGACAGGACUAAAAUGCCCUUUGCGCCCAUCUCCUACCUUCUCAACUCUGCAAGUUUAGUGGGAAUGAAAUGGAAGCCCAGGCUUAGGUUGCCCGACUACAUUGCUAAAAAUACUUUGUAACAUUUGAUUUUAAAUUAAACUUAAAAAGAUGGAUUUGUUAGAAUACUGUUUUGAUUUAAGGGAGGGGAAUUAAGGCUUCCAUAAGGUCAGCAUAAGUCAUUCUUCAAAACAGAACUGGAAGAAUCUCUUUACCUUUUUUUCUUCUCUUGGAAAGUACUGUUCAGCUGUGCCCAGAAGGGUUACCAGGAUUGAGAGUCUGGAAGGGAAAUGUCCUUUUGCUAUUCUGAAAAUACAUGAGUCCUAAUGCCAGAAUAAACUUUGUAAAUUUU